CAAGUAUGGGAGACGCUAGAGACAACGAAGCCUACGAGGAGGAGCUUCUGGACUAUGAGGAAGAGGACGAGAAGAUCCCAGAUUCUGGAAGUAAAGUUAACGGCGAAGCCGUUAAGAAAGGGUACGUGGGAAUACACAGUUCGGGAUUCAGAGACUUCCUUUUGAAACCGGAGCUUCUUCGAGCUAUUGUUGACUCGGGAUUUGAACAUCCAUCCGAAGGUAAUAAACGCUAUUUCAAUCUAUUGGUUUGGAGUGAGCUUCGCAUUUGGUAAAGCCACCCAUUAAAAAGAUAUGGAGGUUAUAUUCUACUUAUAAAGGCUCCCUUCGGUGCAAUUUUCUUUGCUUCUCCACCAGUGCAACAUGAAUGUAUCCCUCAAGCUAUCUUGGGCAUGGAUGUUAUCUGCCAAGCAAAAUCUGGUAUGGGGAAGACUGCUGUGUUUGUGCUUUCGACUCUGCAACAGAUCGAACCAUCUCCUGGCCAGGUUUCGGCGCUUGUCUUGUGCCACACAAGAGAGUUAGCUUACCAGAUCUGCAAUGAGUUCGUGCGAUUCAGUACCUACCUGCCUGAUACAAAGGUUUCGGUUUUCUAUGGUGGAGUCAACAUUAAAAUUCACAGAGACUUGCUGAAGAAUGAAUGUCCUCACAUUGUUGUUGGAACACCUGGUCGGGUGCUUGCACUUGCCAGGGAAAAAGAUCUCUCUUUGAAGAAUGUGAGGCAUUUUAUUCUGGACGAGUGUGAUAAAAUGCUUGAGUCACUUGACAUGCGGAGAGAUGUGCAAGAGAUCUUUAAGAUGACUCCCCAUGACAAACAAGUGAUGAUGUUCUCAGCAACUCUCAGCAAAGAGAUACGCCCAGUCUGCAAGAAGUUCAUGCAAGAUCCAAUGGAAAUAUAUGUUGAUGAUGAAGCGAAAUUGACUCUUCAUGGGCUUGUCCAGCACUACAUCAAACUGAAUGAGUUGGAGAAGAACCGUAAGCUGAAUGACCUUCUUGAUGCAUUGGACUUUAAUCAAGUUGUCAUAUUUGUGAAGAGCGUGAACAGAGCUAAGGAGCUGAACAAAUUGCUUGUUGAAUGCAAUUUCCCCUCAAUAUGCAUUCACUCUGGCAUGUCUCAGGAAGAAAGGUUGACUCACUACAAAAGUUUCAAGGAAGGGCACAAGAGAAUUCUUGUGGCUACAGAUUUGGUAGGAAGAGGCAUUGACAUUGAGCGUGUCAACAUCGUUAUCAACUACGACAUGCCAGAUUCUGCUGAUACAUAUCUUCACAGGGUUGGGAGAGCCGGUAGGUUUGGAACUAAGGGUCUUGCAAUCACAUUUGUUGCAUCUACUUCAGAUUCGGGCGUUCUCAAUCAGGUACAAGAGAGGUUCGAGGUUGAUAUAAAGGAACUCCCUGAGCAGAUUGAUACUUCCACAUACAUGCCGUCUUAAAGUAGUAUUGCCUCUCAGGAAGAACCUCUUCAGAUGACAACCUUGUAGGCGUUCGAAGGUGUCAUGGAGAUUCGCAGCUAUCAUCAUCCCCUCUAUAUUGCUACUUUAGCCUUUUCUUUUGAGGACAAAAUUUCAUUUGGACCGUUUGUAACUUUUCGACAAAAUAUUUCGAGUUACUAUCAUGUUAAAAUCUUUCAUGUUUUUUUUUUUUUGCACAAGAGAAUAUUGUGUUGAGACCUCAGGAUUGAUAAUGCGUUGACGUUAGAGGAGGAUUGCUCU